AUGGCAUUUAUACUCAUCCUCCUUCUGGCCGCCAGUGUCACUGGGAAGUCUUUGGACCUCACAAAGGUUAACAUCGACGAUCUUUCACCUGACGCCCAGAAACCCAUCUUCCCUGGUUCUCCUUCCGCUGAAGAGGAUGAAGAGAACUUCUUUGAAGCAGACAGUGAUGUUUUCGAAGAAGCAGACGAUGGGCUUCCCGAUGAAAUGACUGAUAAUUCUUCCGAUGGAACGAAUGAUGAGCCUUCUGAUGAGGCGACAUCUACCGAAUCAUCAGACGCCACCGAGACUACUAAAGAAGUUUCGAAGUGUGUGGACAAGUCAAAGUAA